AAAAAAACUGUCGAAUUGAUAAACCUAGCUGUAUUAAGUAUACAGUAUUUCUGGCUCCUUCAAUUACCGAAACGGGGAAGAAUUUUCAACUAAUGUUAAACCUUUUUUAACAAAGUUUAAGCAACAUGACAUUACUUUUAGCUUUCGAUUUUGAUCAUACCAUUGUUGAUGCCAACACUGAUACUGCAAUUUAUAAGCUCAGUCCAAAUGGGGAUAUACCAUCUGAAGUCAAGUUACCAUAUAAAAAAGGGCAGUGGACAGCAUAUAUGAAUGCAGUUUUCCAAUAUCUUCAUGCAGAAUGCGAUGCAACAAAAGACAGGUAUGAGGAAGUACUAAGAAUGCUUCCACUUACUGCCUACAUGGUUGAGAUUUUUCAGUUUAUUAGACAGCACCAGGCCAAUAUUGAUUUUAUCAUUAUAUCAGAUUCGAAUACAUGGUUCAUCGAUAUAGUAUUGUCGCAACACAAUGCUAAAGAUCUCCCAAUCAAAGUUUUUACUAAUGAAGCCUUAUUCAGAGAUGAUGGAAUGCUUCAAAUGACACCUUAUCAUAUUCAUGACCAUGAUAUAUGCCCUUACAAUUUAUGCAAAGGAAGAGUGAUGCAGGAAUUCAUUGCUGAACGUCAACUUGCUGGAGUAUCCUACAGCAACAUAGUUUAUGUUGGGGAUGGAACUAAUGAUUAUUGUCCUGCAACUACUUUGAGUGAUAAGGAUAUGUUAUUUGCAAGAAAAGGAUUCUCCCUACAUAAAAAAUUGAUGAAACUCGAGAAUGAUGUUUUGAAGUGUGAAGUCAAAACAUGGGAAAGUGGCGUUGAGAUUCUUCCUUCUCUGAAAAAAAUUCUUGAAAGUUAAAUAGUAAAUACCUAUAUUAAAAAAAAAUUCAUGAGUCAUAUUUUUUUUAAUUCAUUUUUUUUUCCAUGCCAAUAAUGUGCAAAAUUACCUUUAGGAAAAUAUUGGACUUUGUGAAUGUUACACUGUGCAUCAAGCAUGACUAUGACACAAUUCACUUCUACAGAAUGUCUGUGAUCUAUUUUUUAUCACAUUUGUCUUUUUGUGAACUGGCAAUAAUAACCUAAUUUGAAAUAUAUUAUGGGGUUUUGUUUGUAUUACAAUCUUGGUGACCCUGUACCAUUGAUAAUAUUAUGACCUACAGACCUACAUGCCAUAUUAAACUAACAGUUGUUGAAUUCAGCAUGUUUUAUUGUUGUGAUAUAUAUAUUUAUAGAAUAACAUUUUGUACAUUUGAAUUUAAUUGGUUAUUAUAUUUAAAGCCUCAAUUACUUCAAGUUUGUUUAUUCUUUUAAGUUAGCUGCCUCUUUGUAGUCUUCUUAAGAGUGAGGGUGUGAUGCACCUAUGCAAAUAUUUGUAUUCAAUGUUGCCUAUUUACGUACUUUAACUUUGUCACAAAUAAGCUAAGCACAGUUUUUAAAAAUUGCUUAUUUUCAAGCAUUUAUAUUUUUAGACAAUCAUUUUUGUUGUAAUUCAGUACAGAAAUUGAUCAUACAUAGUAUGAGCAUUUAUAUUUACAUUUAAAUAAAGCAUACUGGUACAUAUUUUAUAUCAAUGUCAUUAUUUUCAUGUAUCACAGA